AGACCAAGAGCAGAGAGGGGAGAGAAGAGACAGCAAGCAUUUGACUGACUGAGAUUGACGACCAGUCACAGCAUGGGCUCCUUCACUAUCAUCUCCAUCAACAUUCUCCUCCUUUUGACUUUGCAGCUUCAAGGUCGAGCCAAAGCCAAUCCUGUGUCUAAUAAUGACCUGGUGGAUUUCAAGAAUUUGUUGGAGCGCCUAGAGGACAAGAUACCUUUAGAAGACGAGGUCAUGGCCUCGCAAGGACUUAAUGAGCAGAAUGAAGAGGCUGAGGAAGUACUUAGCCCCCUCUCUUCCUGGAGUGGGGAAGUCCGUCCAGCCCAGCGAGAGGCAGCUGUCAAUCGGGGCACUUGGGAGCAAUCUGAGAGAUCUGCCCUCCUGAAGAAUAAGCUUCGGGCCCUCUUGACUUCCCCUCGAAGUCUGAGGAGGUCUUCCAGCUGCUUUGGGGGCAGGAUUGACAGAAUAGGAGCCCAAAGUGGACUUGGUUGCAACAGUUUUAGGUUCUGAAGAUAAUGCACAAAGAGGAAAACAUGUGCUGUACCCAGUCAGACCCACAGAAGCUUCAAAUCCUUUGGGACUUUGGCUUUAUUUUGUCCAUUUGUUGUCAGCCAACUGGGCUUUGAAUGCGCUCCUGGUUCAAGCUACAGUUUUCUUUUGCCAUUUCACAAAUAUAAUUUUGAAUGUAGACAAAGUGGUGUGAUGGUGGCUUUUGCCCCUUCAUUAAAUCUGAGUUUAAAUCCUAAGCAGCUCAAGGACGAAUAAAUUUCAGCACC